AGAAGCAGGGCUGUCAUCAUCGAGGCUGGAGGGUGGGGGUGACGUUGAGCAGACUUCCAGUACAGGCCUUGUCAUAGAGUAGGAGGAGACCGCCGUCGACAACAACACUUCCUCUGUGGUCUGGGAUUCCUAGCACUAGUCCGGGAUACUGCAGAAGUGGAGGAGGAUGUAGACAAGGUGAGGUGGCUGGAGGUGAUGUAGAGAGAAGUCUUCGCUUUGUCACAAAGUAGGAGACAUCUGUCAAUAGUCGGACCUCUUUGGUGGUCUUGGAUUUUUCUCACGGGUCCAGGAGUAAUCUCGGGGGUCCAGGGUGAUAGUCAGUGGUCCUGGAGUCUUCUCAGUGGUCCAGGGUGGUUGUCAUCACUGGUCCUGGAGUCUUCUCAGUGGUCCACCCUGGGCCCGAGAACGGGUCAAGCUAGACUUUGGUUCCUGUCGUUACCUUGGGCCCGUUGGGCACCGCGUCCACCAUGAGCAGCGUGGUCCAGAACCCGUACAUCAGCCGCACGCCAAACAGCCGGGUGGUACCAGGCAGUUAAGGAAUGUAGAGAUCAGGCUUUGGUGAAGAAAAGAUCAGGCUUUGGUGAAGGAGGAAGGAGAACAUGGUAGCUAGCUGUUUAAAAGGAUGAACCGCAUGUGUACGAAUUCAGGGUUUGGACGGCUCUUGGAGUGGAAGGAUGAGAGCUUGUGUUUCUGAAUUUUAAAUGAAGUGCCAUAACUAAUGGUGCAUGUGAUAUUGCUUAGAGCUUUCAUGUUGGCAUUGAAUAAUUAUAUAUGUAUAGUUAGAUAAUGGAAGCCUUGUAUGCGGUUAAUAAAGAGACAUUCAGUUCAGGAAUAAGGCAUUUGUUUUAGUCAAAGAUUAGAUCGCUUUUUUGGUUUGAUUAUCGGAUUUCUUAUCUGUUUCUUUUAAAAUCCUUUGAAUUUGGCAAGGCUUUGGCUGUACAGAUAGGAAAUGUCCAUAUGUGGAAUCUGUGUUACACGUAGAUCACAUUUAAGAUGUCGCCUCAAGUACAACCUUCUCUUGUAUUCUUACAUUCUUAGUGAGUAGUGGUGAAGCGGCUGUUGCAAAUAUUGAAUAGCAUUAACAUUUUAUGGGAACCACAUAUUGAACUACUUAGUAUUCAAUAUAGACACAGAUCCAAAAUAGGUAACUUGUAUGCAUGAGCAGGUACCUGUUGUUGUCUGUAAUCAGCCUCUGGAGGAAUGGUCACGCAUAUACCCACCAACCGAACCCCGAGAUAGACCCGAAGCAUGCAACUCAAUCCUCGACGAGAACACCAAGUCCAAUCGCAUGCAUCUAACAGACACUUUCAUCACCCAUAAACGUCCCCACACGCUCCACUUCACAUACCCGGAGAGUCACCCAUUAGGACCAAACGACCACAUCACUCUCCCCAGAGAAGCAUGGCGUUCCUGGGUUAAGGGCUUUGUGAAGCCAGGGGGGACGGAGGACAGAGGCCGUCCAGCUCUGGUUACACUACAGCCCCUGAUGCAUAAAGUUGGCCAUGGUUACCCACCAGCUCCCCCCCCCCCCAGAUCAGCAGAGGAACAGGUGUUAUUCAAAGCCUCUGGUCUGGCCCACAGUCCCCUCUCCUCUCCUCGCUGACAACACCGACCGCCAGUCUUCUCACUCACAACCAACCAGCACUCGCACUCGGUUUCGGUCCGUCCUUCCACAGCUCACGGCCUGUCUGUCUGUCUGUCUGACCGCCGUUCACACGAUCAAGUCGUCCAGCACGGGGGGUCGUGUGGAGAUUCUUUGCGAUUGCCAGCAUCACCAGAGCCAUCAUCACCAUCCCCCUUCAAAACCACCUCCACCGCCAUCUCUACCACUAGCACCACCAGCUCCGCCGCAGAAGUGGUGGUGGGACUCCCACCAUCACCCACUCUGACCCAUCUGCGCACUUAAGGCCACGCCAGCAUGUUUGCGACCGCCAGGAGCGUGGACAUGCGGGGGGGCGGCCACAGCCGCCGCCUCAGCCGUCAAAUGAGCGUCACCCCUGUGGAAAACCCCCAGAUGGCCAAGCCCGGCGGCGGCGGCGGCGGCGGACCCCCGGGGGCGCGGGACAGCGUCAGCGGUACGGCGAUACGGCGAAGCAGCAGCGUCAGCAGCGCCGGCGCCGGCGGCAACCGAAUGCUGUCGCUGUCGUCCAUGAGCGAGAGCGUGCGCAGCGGGCUGAGCUGCUUCCUGUCGGAGCAGGCCCUGGAGCAGGAGGAGCGGCAGCAGCGCAGCAGCCAGCUGGCCGAGCUCCAGCGGCUGAGGGAGGUGCGCGCCGCCGCGCAGCUCAAGAACCUGGAGGACUUCCUCAAGAUGAACCACGUGUCUUUGCGCGAGUGUGUGUCCUACACCACCACCAUGAGGUACAGAAAUCUUGGGAAAUCUGGAUUACGGGUCUCCUGUCUUGGAUUAGGGACAUGGGUGACGUUUGGGGGCCAGAUAUCAGAUGAGAUGGCGGAGGAGCUGCUGACGCUGGCCUAUGACAACGGCAUCAACCUGUUCGACACCGCAGAGGUUUACGCUGCCGGGAAGGCUGAGCUUGUCUUGGGAAGGAUUAUCAAAAAGAAGGGAUGGAGGCGCUCCAGUUUAGUCAUCACAACCAAGAUUUUCUGGGGAGGAAAGGCGGAAACAGAAAGAGGCUUGUCUAGGAAACACAUCAUUGAAGGUCUGAGGGCGUCCCUAGAAAGACUUCAGCUGGAGUAUGUGGACGUGGUCUUUGCCAACCGGCCGGAUCCCAACACACCCAUGGAAGGAGAUCCAUUUCACACACCUAGGUCCAGAAAGUUCGUCAUAGAAGAGACGGUGAGGGCCAUGACCCAUGUGAUCAACCAGGGGAUGGCGAUGUACUGGGGCACGUCGCGCUGGAGCGCAAUGGAGAUCAUGGAGGCGUACUCUGUGGCGCGGCAGUUCAACCUGAUCCCGCCCAUCUGUGAGCAGGCUGAGUACCACAUGUUCCAGAGGGAGAAGGUGGAGGUGCAGCUGCCGGAGCUCUAUCACAAGAUAGGGGUGGGAGCCAUGACAUGGUCUCCCCUGGCAUGUGGAAUCAUCUCUGGGAAGUACACCAGCGGCGUGCCCGCCUUCUCCCGGGCAUCCCUCAAGGGUUACCAGUGGAUGAAGGACAAGAUUCUGAGUGAAGAGGGCCGUCGCCAGCAGGCCAAGCUGAAGGAACUGCUGGCCAUCGCUGAGCGCCUGGGAUGUACCCUCCCCCAGCUCGCUAUCGCCUGGUGCCUGAGGAACGAUGGGGUCAGUUCUGUCCUUCUGGGGGCCUCCAGUGCUGACCAGCUUCUGGAGAACAUUGGAGCCAUACAGAUUCUUCCGAAGCUCACCUCGUCCAUCGUGCACGAUGUGGAUGGCAUUCUGGGGAACAAGCCCUACAGUAAAAAGGACUACAGGUCCUAGACCGGACCGAGCCGAGCGACGCUACCCGAUACCAUCCAACACCCCCCCCCCCCCCCCCCGGGGAGCCAAUGCACCGGGAGAACUAACAGCGGGAAGGAGAACAGGGUCAUAACGAUGUAGGACCACCAAACAGGAGAACCGUCCUUUAAGGCUGAGCAUCCACUACAGGCAUAACGUUUUAUCAUCGAGACACACACGCUACGCAACGUGUGUAUUUCUGCUUCUGUGCUUCUUUUGAUUUUUCACAUUUAACACAAGAGCUCUAGUCUAGAAUAUGCGUUGGGCAUUUCCAGUUACAGCCAGAUCCCCUGGCAUAGAAUGGAAGAAAGAGUUGAAUAAUCAGGGAAAGCUGUGAAACACGUUCCCUGCAUUGUUUUCCUCCGAUUAACAAUUCCUGAAGUACUUCAGAAAUAACCACUUUCUUUCACAUGGAAGGUUAGUGGUGCUCAGUAAGAAGCCAAUAUACAGGCAGCCAAUAUACAUCCAAGUAUAAACCCCUCUUUGCUAAAUGUUUUAUUGUGCAAAUAACCCCAACAUACAGGCCAACCAUCCUUAUUCUAGGUAUUGUACUUCCAAAACAGGCUGUGGUGCUUUUGAGCUUCACAUCAGGGCUGUUCCGUUUAACAAUGCCAGCAGCAGCGACGCACACUUCCUGUUACUAUAUUUAUACUUGCUUUACGCUAGUCAUAAGAUCAAACCUUGGCCUUUCUAGUUGCAAUAUCUGCCGGCCCCUGUAUAUUUACGGCGGUACAUCUGCUGAACACCUUCAUUCCCCCUCUUCCUCUCUCCCAGCCCGCCACGGCCGGGCUAAAAGCCGUCACAGGCCACUUUACAAAGACGCUAGCCUCCGCUUCGCAAGCGCUUGUCGCUUCGAAUAACAGCUAUGGGGGAGGCGAAGUGCUUUUUUAACUUUUAUAUCCUUUUCUUUGUGAGACCGUUUCAACAAAGCGGAGCACUAGCGAACUGUAACAACGUGUUACGGACAGGCGCAGUGAACGGGGUAGUAGACCAGUCUGAAGUAGACCAGGCCUUAACGCUUACACAUUGGCCUGAGUAACAAAAAAUAUAUAGACCAGGACUUGGAACCCGCUUCUUCUUUCUAAGUGUUGAUCAAUCCCUGUCACUUAAGAUAAGAUAGUAUUGAUCCCAGUACGGGGAAAUCUUAGCCUGGCUCCGCCCGCCUAAGUACGGUACUUCCGCUGAAUUUGAAUUUCCCUUCAGUACUCUGUACAAAUGAAGUGAAGUACGAGAGUCUGGUAGAACCAGGCUAGGGAAAUCUGGCACCGCCUAACAAAAGGAUUUUGAAGUCCACCUUUUUGUCUUUUCAUAAAAAAUAAGUCAAUUAUUCAAUAUUCAAUCAUUUAAGCAUGCAUAGCAAAUGCUGUCUCAACAGUGGGCUAUUAGUACUGUCUCAGAAUGUGUGUAGGGUGUGUACAUGUGUUUAACCUUCAUUUCAUAUGGUGACAUGAGGUCACAUACAAAUGCCAAUGAAAGCACAAUUAAUCCCUUAAUAGUCCACCACAAAUACACGCCUGCUGACAUGCGCAUGGAAUAACACACUCUGUUGAGUUUUCUGUAUGGAGGAACUGCCAAGAGAUGAUUCACAAGACCUUCUCGAACUGUUGUGAGCGAUAGAAGCAGUGAGGAUCACGUAAUGAUAGAGAUGAUGAUGUUGUGGCAGGACAGAUAAGUCUUUUUGCCCAUUGGAAAUGUGAAACAAAUACAGUGGAUCAUCUUCUCUUGACACGAUGGUUACCUGCAUUCUAGAAGAUAAAAAAUGAUUAAAUACAGGUCGUUAACGGGAGACGGAGAAUUGCAUCUUUAGAUAUUUCCUUUGGAUUUGUUGCCCUCUGCUGGUUGACCGCUGUAUGAACCAUAUUUUUCAUGGUGCGCUUGACUUAAUUUUGUGUCUUUAUAUUCAGAUUUUUUUAGGGGGGUAAACUGAUCAUUAUUUAUUUUAUUAAACAGAAAAUAUGCAGGACUAAUUUCACUAAUUAUCGUUGAACAUCACUUCAAAAGUGAAAAUAGUAACAACAUUUUUCUCAACCUAGAACAUAUAGAGAUGUUAUACAGGAUGUAUGGAACAUAAGUUAUUCAUUCCAUUAUUCAUACAAAACCAAUGAGGACCCCCGGGUGGCCACCUGUUGUGCUGUACCUCUUGGUGUUCCGGGACUAACAACUGGGGAGGGACGCUUUCAACACAUGGAAAAAAAAUGUUUCUUUGGUUCUGUAUUUUUUCUUCAUCCUUAACACAAAAAAAUCCCGAGAAAUAACAAUUAAUCCCAAGUGCAGCAACAGCAGGAAGACUGGAGUACCGCUUAGAUCUUGACAAUGUAGGACUGGUAUCAACGACUUUAAUUUCAAUUUCUAUGAUUAUGUUUUUAAAUGGCUUGAUUGACCAACACAUGAGUAUAUACAUCAUGGUUAUGCAGCAAAACAAUGAAUGAAACACUUUCUACAUUCAGAGCUGAUACAAGAUAGUCAUAAGCAUAUGAUCUUCUCCUACACAGGGUGGCUCUCUGAUGAUAGGCAGCCAACGCCCCUUAUUCACUAAUAGCGCCUAUCUUACGCAUUAAGUUCCCCACGAGCUUACGUCUAGAACCAAGAUGGCUACAAGGUAGUCAUGGGAUGACUAAAUACACACAAGCCACUGCUGUUCACUGCUCUAAACACAUAGGCUAUGCAUCAAGAGACUAUGAUAAAAUGUUGUACAUUUUGAUUUCAUAAUUUUAAAUAUGUAUUUUACAGAUCUUUAUGGGCCAUUUACAUCUAUGUUCUCUCGCGCCCUUCCUCUAUAAAUAUAUUACUUAUAUUUUCCUUAUGUUUUUUAUGCAUUCAUUUUUUCUUUAUUUGCAAUUGAUUCAGUUAUGAAUUGUUGACUUUAUUGUCGUGUACAGAUUGUACAAGGAAAUGUUAAAAUAAAAAAUGAAAAUAAAGAUUGUCUCACUGUCUAAA